AAUGGGCCUAAUGAUACCAGCUAUGCUUUCUUUAUAAACGCCGCCGCGUCUCCCAUCUCUCUGUAUCAAAAACCCUAGCCGGAGCCGCGUGUUGCGAAAGCAUUUCAAUCUAAGGGAAUGUCGACAGUGGGAGAGCUUGCUUGCAGCUACGCUGUUAUGAUCCUCGAGGACGAGGGUAUUGCUAUCACGGCUGACAAAAUCGCCACUUUGGUCAAAGCUGCUGGUGUUACUAUUGAGUCUUACUGGCCAAUGCUAUUCGCCAAGAUGGCUGAGAAACGUAACGUCACUGAUCUAAUCAUGAACGUUGGUGCUGGUGGUGGAGGUGGUGCUCCCGUUGCUGCUGCUGCUGCUGCCGGUGGUGCCGCCUCAGCUGCUCCUGCUGCUGAGGAGAAGAAGAAGGACGAACCAGCAGAGGAGAGUGAUGGAGAUUUGGGUUUCGGCUUGUUCGAUUAAGCGCAUUUUACUUGUUUUUUCUUCUUCGAUUUCCGUAUUGACCUAUUACUUGUCUUUCUCGCUAAAGAACUAUGAGUUGUUUUCUAAACCAUAUGUUGUAUGACUCAAGUUUCCAAGCAAACCCAUAGGCUCGUUAUUUCGUUGGAACUGAUUUUGUCACCUUUUCUUCAUCAA